UCGGCGCGUCUGCACGCAUGCGUCCCAGAGCGGCGACGACACCAUUUUAGAGGAAAGGAAAACAGGGACAAAUACUGGCAAACAGUAACAAUAUAUCAGCAGUUUAAGUGAUAAGAGUUCAUGUGUGUGCUGAGAAACCAGGACAGAUAGAAGAUCCCCGCUGAUCCACAGAAGAGCCGGGUUCCGAUAUCAGCUCCGCGUCUGUUCGGGGGGGUGUGUGUGUGUGUGUGUGUUCGGUUCUGUUCUGUCCUCGGUCCAGAUGGAUGAAGACGAGGAGAUCCACUCAGAUGAUGGCAGCGCUACCCCAGUCCAGGACGAGCAGGAGGAGGCCAGACCCCGAUCACCACCGUCUGAGGAUGAAGGCAGUGAUAACGAGGACGCUGUUCACGACAGAAGGUCUGAGAACGCAGACAGCGGCUCGGAUCACGAGGCUCAUGGAGGAGGAGAUGCAAGCGAUUCGGAGCCUGAGCCGCCGCGGCCCGCAGACAGUGAUGAGGAAGAGGAGGGCAGCUCUCCUGUGAAGCGAAGAGCGAGUACCUCGGACAUUGAGGAGGAAGAGGAGGAGAAACCACUCCCAGCCAGCGACUCAGAGCCGGAGGAAACAGAGAAGAAACACAGCCCUAAAUCAGACGCGGGCAGCGAUUCAGACGAGGACAAACCCAAACAGAAAACUCUGAGAGACUCUGAUGCAGAAGAAGAGGAGGAGGAGGAGGGAGGGAGGAAGGAGGAGGAGGGAAAAUGGAAAGCUGUGAUGAACUCAGACAGUGAAGAAGAAGAGGAGAGAACGAAACAGGAAAAACAGGAAGCAGGAAGUGAUGAGGAUGAAGGGCCUAAACGACGGGCUCUGGCCAGUGAUGAUGAAGAUGAAGAUGAGAAGCCUGUGAAGAGGAAGAAGGCUGUUCUGUCAGACAGUGAUGAAGAUGAGGAGAAAGAGGUGAAGAAGAGCAGGCUGGUGUCUGAUGAAGACUCCGGCAGUGAUGAAGGCUCUGGAGCUCCUGAUAAGAGUUUAGCAGCUAAACUGAAGGAGCUGGGCUCAGACAGCGAGGAUGAGGAGGACGCGAUGAAGAAGGACACAGGGAAGAAGGACGAGAAGGCUCUGUUCGGCAGUGGCAGUGACAGCGACUCCGGCGACGACGAGGAAGAGAAAAUGAUCGCAGACAUCUUCGGAGAAUCCGGGGAUGAGGAAGAGGAGGAGUUUACAGGCUUUAAUCAAGAGGAGCUGGAGGCCGAGCGACCGCAGUCUCAGGCGCCGGGACACAAGGGACUGGAGAACGACUCUGAUUCAGAUGAAGAUGUGGACCGAGGAGGAAAAGACAUGUCCUUCAUGUCAGACUUCGAGAUCAUGUUGGCCCGUAAGAAAGCUCAGAGCGGCAAACGCAGACGCAAUCGAGACGGAGGGACGUUCAUCAGUGACGCCGAUGAUGUCGUGAGCGCCAUGAUCACCAAAAUGACAGAAGCUGCAGAGGAGGACCGGACUCUGAACAGUCAGAAGAAACCAGCUCUGAAGAAGCUCAUGCUGCUGCCCACAGUGGUGAUGCAUUUAAAGAAGCAGGAUCUGAAGGACACGUUCAUAGACAGCGGUGUGAUGAUGGCCAUAAAGGAGUGGAUCAGUCCUCUCCCCGAUAAGAGUCUCCCAGCGCUCAAGAUACGAGAGGAGCUCCUCAAGAUCCUGCAGGAACUGCCCAGCGUGAGUCAGGAAACACUGAAGCUCAGUGGAAUCGGUCGAGCCGUCAUGUACCUCUACAAACACCCGAAAGAGUCUCGACCGAACAAAGACCUCGCGCUCAAACUCAUCAACGAGUGGUCACGGCCCAUCUUCGGUUUAUCAUCCAACUACAAGGGAAUGACGAGAGAAGAGAGAGAGCAGAGAGACCUGGACCAGCAGAUCGCCCCGCGCAGACGCCUCAGUUCAGGAGGACAGACUCCUCGCAGAGAUCUGGAGAAAGUGCUCACCGGAGAGGAGAAGGCGUUGCGGCCGGGUGACCCGGGGUUCUGUGCUCGAGCUCGUGUGCCCAUGCCCUCUAAUAAGGAUUACGUGGUUCGUCCCAAGUGGAACGUGGAUAUGGAAUCAAACAGAAGGGGCUUUAGGAAGGGCAUCAGCCUGCUGGAGAAACACAAGCGGCGUUUUGCAGAGCAGAGGAAGCAGCGUCGGCCGCAGGGAGCUGUGAAAAUCAGCAUUGAGGGAAACCGGAUGCCGCUGUAGUUACACGCUCCUGACUGAGGGGGCAGCUCCGCUGAAGAAGGGCAUGUCGCGUGUGGAUAAACAGAUGCGGCGUUUCGCAGACAUCAAGCGUUCGACGAAGACGGGUCACGCGGUGAAGAUCAGUGUGGAGGGGAACCGCAUGCCGCUCUGACCUCUUACUCCCAGAAUGCCUUGUGUGUGUCUGUGCAUGUGUUCAGAGCCCAGAGAGCUGCUCUGGGAAUGUUUUGGUUCUGAUGUUUCUUUCAUAAUAAAGAGUUUCCAUGUCCGACAUUUUACUCAUGUUCUCCUGGCCUUUUGCUUUUUAUUUGGUUGUUUUCUUAUAUUUUCCUAAUUAUUAAAAAAAGGUUUGGUUUAUUGUG